GGUUGCCAUGUUGGAUGUAUGCGGCCCAUGUGACUAGUGGCGAUAGAUCAACCUGCAUAGUGCAAGUUUGUACCCCAUUUCGUUACUUAGGCACGCAUUUUUGUAACUUUCUUGGCUUAAAAGUGGAUAAGAUACACCGAAAGGUCUUCAAGACGGAUUCUUUAGUAGUCUUAGAUUGUGGAUGGUAUCCAUAGCCAAAGUGGAACUGAAGGCCAACCCAGAGGAGAACUCAGCUGCCCUAAUGACUUCAGAUCGGGGACACGAUAGGGGCGCUGAGUUACCACUCACUUCCCCGGUCACCCCCAAAACAGCAGGAUUGAAUCCCAAUGCCUCUGUGUUUUUGAGCACUAAACAAUGUAGCCCGACAGAUACUGCUCAAUGGGAUGGUGGAAUUACAGCUAAUGGCUACCAGUAUGCCAAUGGAGAUGUAAGCUCACCUGAACAAGGAGGGGUCUACCAUCAGCCAGACUCACCCCUCCAGAACAAUGUCCUGGGAGAGGAUGCCAACUCCUCUUCAGGGUUCCCCAAUUCUGACAACAGUGUGCUAUCAAUUGCGGAAGAUGAAGGGAUUAUUACUGAUGGCAGUAUGGAUGAAGACAGCCUCAGACAACUGCUUAAAACACAGCUGGAAAACUGUUUCUCCAGGGAUAGCUUGUCCAGUGAUACAUAUCUACAGUCCCAGAUGGAUUCGGAUCAGUAUGUUCCCAUCUCAACCAUAGCUAGUCUGGAUCAGAUACAGGAACUAACCUCUGACUUACAACUCAUUGUACAACUGCUUCGGGAAUGUGCAAGUGUUCAAGUUGAUGAGAAAGGAGAAAAAGUGCGUCCAAACCUAAACCGAUGUAUCGUCAUUCUUCGGGAAAUCCCUGAAAGUACACCAGUUGAGGAGGUUCAAGGAUUAUUUGCUGGCGAAAAUUGUCCCAAAUUUGUGAGUUGUGAGUUUGCCCACAACAAUAAUUGGUACGUGACGUUCGACUCUGACACAGAUGCUCAGCGAGCCUAUCAGUAUCUGAGAGAGGAGGUCCGAAAUUUUCAGGGAAAACCCAUCAUGGCCAGAAUAAAAGCUAAGCCAUUGAUCAGAAUGACGUACUCCAGUAACGGGUACAAGAGUCGUUAUCAGCAGUUACAACAGCAACAACAGGCACAGGUAAAUGCCCAGGCCAUGCAGCAGGUUGUACAGCCAACAAGUCCAUCAGAGUCGCAGGCUACUGUGGCAACCAUGACAAGCCAACCCUUCUCUACCCAGCAGGCCUCUGUCCCCCUCAUGUCCAGCGUGCCCCAGUACAUCAAUGGACAUCCGCUUCCAUUCUUUGCACCAAAUCCACUCCUCUCUCAAUGGCCCACUAGUCCGACUCUGCUGGACCCCAGCAUGAAUGAAUCUCUACUGCAGGUGCUGGCUAUGAAUGGUUACCAGCCCACCUCCAUCAAACUGAACACCACCGCCCCCAGGCAUCAGUACAGCAACAUGAAUAGAAACAGAAAUAAUGGUCGACCAAAUCGACCCAGUAACCAAGAGAGGAUGGACAACCGACCGAACUAUGAGAGGAAUAACUCUAUCAACCACAACCGAACUAGUCCAAGACACCACGACAACUCUCAGAUGUCACCGGCUCAAUACUCCAGCCGAAACCGCGGAGAGAACAAUAAUCAUUCACACAGCUCAAGCAUGCAACAGCAAGGGCACAAUAACGUAGACACCAAUAAUUCCAGUAUCUCUAGUCGACAAUCAGACGGACUUCCACCUGUUCAAAGGGGCUACAGAAGUCGACGUAGACGUGAAGAAGAUGGAGGUCCAAGAAGACAGCUGCCAUCCAGAGAGAAACCAGCAGCAGAGACUCAGUUUGAUCUUGAAAUAAACUCAUUCCCUCCAUUACCAGGCCCAGUGCCAGCAAAUUCCUCAUCUUCUAAUAAUGAAGUGUUUGAAAGCAAAUUAUCAGAUGUUGUGAAAGGUACUGCAAAACCCAUAGUGCGAGAAAAUGUAAUAAAACCACAAGUAUCGCAACCCGUUCAACAAAGUAGCCAAUCACAGCACUCGGAGCCUGUCGGAGUCCCUGCCAACCCCAGGCCCCCAACGCCUCCCUCACAACCACCAAAAGACAAUUCUAGCAAUAAUUCUAAUAAUAGUGCAUUAAAUGGGGCAAGUGCUGGUCCCGCCCCCACUUCUGUUGUAGCCUCUACUAGUUCCUCCGGAGGCAACAGUGCACCACCUCCAAGGAUACCCUCACCUCCUGCUGUCUCCCCCCAAAAACCACAGAAAUCUAGUAGUAUACAGGAACCUGUUGUAAAUCAUGUUGAUGUGCACGCCACAACUGUUCCCAAAUCAGCUCCUGUCAACCAAGUUAAAGCACAGGUUUCUGUUGAUAACAAUUCACCCGUCAAACUUUCCUAUGCUCAAAUGGUGCAGCGUGGUCGUGAUAGUGAUUCGGCCCCAGAAUCGAAAAAUAAUUCAGACUCUGAAUCAGAGAGUGUACAGCAGAAUACGCUGAAGGAACAGUCACAGGCCAAGACCUCCACUGCCAAGAAAGACCAAACAGGCCCCCGUAAAGACUCCGAGCUCCCUAAGGAACAGCGCCAUUUCAGUGGCCGCCGCUCCAAGGAAAACCGUGAGAGGAGGGACAGGCGUAGAAGUGAGCGCGAGUCUGCCCGAUUAUCUACAAAAUGAGACAGGCUCAGAAACUGAGCCUUACUUAAAGACAGAAAGGAUUUAUAAGAAACUGCUUACUGGAUAUUGCCAAAGUUUUCAAAAGGGAGAAAAAAGUUCUAAAGAGAAAUUUGUGAAGGAAAAAGGCACGGAUUAUGUAUAGAGAUCCCACUUGGAUUGAUUAGUCUUGAGACAUGCAGAGCAGAAAAUCCAUUUACACUUUCUCUUUCCACUUACUGCUUAUUAUUUAUUGCUCUCUCAUAAAUUUUAUUAUGAAAUUGAUAUAGUGCUUAAAAUUUUUGAAAUGAAUUAAGAUAUAAUCUAAUUUUACUGAAGAAAGAAAACUUACUCUAGAAAUUCAGAAAAUUCCGAGAAAUUUUUAUUUUUCUUUGCUAUUGAGAUUUUUUACCUCAACAAAUUAAAUUAUGCUCAUGUUCCUUUUAAUAUUAAAAAAAAAUGUAAUCAAAACUGCUAGAAGGCUUAGCAGAUUGGUAAAUAAUGCGAAUACCUGGUAAUGUAUUACCGGGAAAUCUUGUUUUAAGAAGCUGUAUAUAAAGCAUAUUAGUGGAAAGUAGUCCCUUGGGAUGUGAAGGUACUGCAGUGCACAUUGUUAGAGGACGUUUUCACUAAGUGGUGAUACCUUGCUGUUGAUCGUUAUUCCUUCAACUGUUAACCAGCAUUCAAUCAUUCAUUCUUUUGUCUUUUUGGUGUUGGAUUAUUUUGUUUCUGCAAGCUGUUAAUUUUUUUUCUCUCAAUAUAAAACAGAUAAAAAUCCUGAGGUGAAAACCUCCAUAAAUAUAUAUCACACAAGACUGGUGCCCCCCCCCACAAUGUAUUUUAAUUCAGUUAAUCAGCUGAGCCUAACUGUUUUGCCACAUUGUUAUAAUGCCUGUGUUUUAUUAUUGUUAGUGAUCUCCUUAAUCAGUUCUUGUCUGAAUUUAUGAAGAAGAAACCAGACAUUGAAGAACGGUCUACAUAUUGGAUAACUUCACAAUAACAUAGGAUGUACAUAUCCUAAAUACUAAGGGCAGGGUAUUGUAAAAUAUUGUUGCAAGUAAUUAUUACAGAAUCAUUAAAUCUAUAUAUUUUGAAAUCUUGUAACUAGAUAGUUGUAUAUGUUGAAAUGAGUUGUACUAUGGCAGGAUUUUGUCAUAAUGUAAAUGAUGCAAUUUUUUUCAUUACCUAUUAGAGGUGUACAUGUGUGGAAAGUUUCUUGUUGCUAACAGUUAUGGGUUGUUGUAUAGAGGAUUGGACAGAGGGCAUGUUAAAUUUUUAGAAUUAAAAAAAAAAACCUCCCAGCUAGCAAUUCUAUGGAUCUUAUUCUUAUUAAAAAAAUAAAUUCUGUAUGUAAUUUAAUAGAGCACUCAGAAUGCUAAAUGUUUAAAAAAAAUACUUUUUUUUGCGAUUUUUGAUUUUGAAUAGAGAAAAAAGUGCCGAGUUCUUUGUUGUAAUGAUUAUAAUUAAUUUACAUAUUCAGGUGCCCUCUGUAAAUUGAUGUAUAAAGUAAUGUGCAGUUGGCAUGAAUCUUUUGCUAUUUUUUUUUUUUUUGUCUGCUUGAAGCUUGCAUUGUAUUGUAUAAUAGAAUGUCUUGUUGCAUUGUUUUUCAUUUAUUGGUGAGUGUAAACUUGUUGGGUCUGUGAGUAUGUGAUUGGUUGAUUACUUUUUGUUUUAAUUUCAUCAUGUUUACAUGUGACAGUGUGUUAAUGUGAGGAUUUUAUGCUGUAUAGAUGUUGCUGCAACAAAAGAAUUUUUGAAGACGAUAGACAAAUGUCAAGUUUGACAAUGGUAUUGUCAUACCAAACUGUUUCUAGUGGACAAUGCUUUUUUCCUAUGAAUUAGAUUCAGUAAGAUCAUGUAGAAAAGUUUGACAAGGUCGUCUUUUAUAAAUCCUUUUGUACACAUGAAAUCCAUGAGUGAAGAUGGUAACAUGAUGAAGCUAGAACUAAUUUUUUGGAGCAUCUGCUAGCAUAUUAUUGUUUUGAAUGUUUAUGUAUUAUACAUACAUGUAGUUUGUGGAUGAAUGUUCACUAAGUCAUUUGUUAUAUUUACAUACACUUGUAUUUUAAUGGCUGCUCUUGUUACAUUCUAACCUCAGUGCUUUAAAAAUUCCCCCCUUUAUUUGACUUCUAAGUCAUGGCAAUUUAUUACACAUCAUUAAGCGUAUAUCCAAACAGUUUUAAAAAUAUCUGAAAUUGUACUCCAUUGACUUCAUAACCAUGGUUUUAGGAGAGAGUUCAUUCCCUUUCUUACAAAGUCCUAAUGGGAUAUGGAACGAAUACAAGGAGACAAGUUCCCUCUAUUUCACAGGGAGUAGAGGAGAAUCUAUGUUGGCUUACAGUAUUGACUGUAUUUCUGUGGGAUGAGAUAUGCAUUCUGUUGUAGGAGUGAAAGUUAACCACUGCUGUGGUUUUCUGGCCCGUGUUUUAAUUCCCUUUUGAUCUCAUAGGGGCUCCUUGUAGGAUUUGACCCAGUGUAAUGCCAUGCCAUUGGAUGAGGGUGUUUCUUAGGGAUUGGAUAUCCAAGUAUUAAGGUGUAGUGGUGCUGACAAAUUUAUUAUUUAUAGUGCCAUUUUUUGUUUGGUUUGACAUCCUAAAAUCAAAUUUGGCAUCUACAUCCCCAUGUUGUGUUCAUGCUUCCCCAAACCAAUGUCAGUGAUAAAAAAAAAUAAUGUUCUGUCUUUCUCCUACAAUACUGAUUUUUUUAGGGCAUUGGUAAAUAAUGUGAUGUUGGUUGUUUAAAAGACGUAUUUACAAACGGGACAAAGUGAGGCUAUUAUAACAGUGUGGAGGAAAGAAGGCCAGAUUUUUUUUUUUUUGUGGAAAGGCCCAAAAUAUGGAAUAGGGGGAUAAAUAAGGUUGUGAAUAACGGUACGUUUAAUAAAGGCUUUAAUUGUGGAUAAAUGUUGGUAUCAGUACUACAUGGAUAACUUGACAUCAUGUCCAGCAUUAUUCUAGAUGUUACCCCUCAGUGUUAUCAUUUCAAUAGUCGUAUUAUUAUUAAAUCGGUGCAAUGACCAGCUUCAUUAAUUAACAAUAUUCCAACUCAGUACUGUAAUGGUGCCUGUACUCCACUAUGUUUACCUUGUUUUGAUUGUGCAGCCAUACAAGUCCAUGUAGUCUUAUUUGGAAAAAUGAAAAUAUGCAGUAUUGAGAAAUGUAUGUACAUAUUUGGAUAAAAGACUUGAAGAGGGUGGAAGUUUGUUUUUUUCCCUGCUUUCUGAUUUGAUCAAUCAUUGACAUGGGUAGAGAGUCAUCUUCGUAAAGAUUUGUCAUACAUCCUAAUAGUCAUUUCUUUAUCUAAAUUAUUUACAAAUCACGCCCAGAUUUAAUGUGUCUCUUUCAGGAGAAAAAAAUUGUGGUACUUGCUAUUUGUAAGUCUCCUCAGAAUUUUUUUUAAAAAGAUUUAAACAGGAUGUGUGCUUCCAAAUGUCCUAAUGUUGGAUGUAAAAAUCAAAUGCUGCAAAAUUACGUGAUUCAAACCACAGAACACAUUUACCAGAAAUCUGUACAGUUUUGGGUGCAUAUAUAAGUAUGCAAAUAUGGAUAUAUAUUAUUAUUAUUUAUUAUAAACCAUUACUUGGAUUUGAAUGUCAUAAUUUUUAUCAGUUCCACAUUAUUUUUUUUUUGCUUGAUUUUCGACAGCUUAUUUCCUAAUUGUAAGAAAUGUGGACUUUCCCUUCCAAUCAAGUGAUUUUUUUGUUCCUUGUACAUAUUUUUGCCGCCAGCAUAUAUAGGUGUAAAUCAUGUUAGAUUGUCAUGUAUUCAGAAAUUUAUCUUCUUCAAUUUUUGUUUGAUCAUUUCUGUGCAUUGCAUGUAUUCGGUGAGUCAAAGCGUGUACAAGUUUUGUAUGUAUGAUCUCAUUGAAUAGACAAAAUACAACAAAAAUGUUUGUCAAGUAUUUAUUUUUGCAUUUAGUGUACCGUUUUGACUGCAAUUUUAAUUCAAGUUUGUCUUAACCAACAGAAUUUGUCAACUUUAAUAAUUUCUAAGAAAAGCAUUACUUAGUAUUAUUUUAGAAUUGCAAAACCUUUUAAAAUACAACUGUAACAAAACCAUUGAAUUAUACAGAGAGCAUUUAGCUGAUAAUUUAAAGAUUCUAUUAAAGACUCAAUUUAUUGAUUGUAAUGUAUUUGGGUAACAAUACUGUGAAUUUUCAAUGAAAAAAGUACAAUGGAAUUAAACAGGCAUCCUCAUCA